AACAUUUCCCUGUAGAGAAGCAUAUAUUUUUUUCUUCGAUGCAUUUAUCCAUAAAGGUAAGAAAUAUUUCAAUUUAUGGGGAGGGAAUCUGGAGAUAUUACAUUUAACAUUAAGUGGUAGAGAUAAAAAAUUGUUGGAAAUCUGGAGAGACCCCUGGAGGAAGGUUAUUGUUUUGGUGCCUGUGGCCAGUCGUGCAAACAUCAUUCCCAUCAAUGGAGUGCCAACGAUAACACCUUAUGGUCUUUCCACAUUAGAUCGCAGAAUAAUGGCAAGGGCAGUUGAUCGAUCAAGAAGUCAUUCUCCAGUGAAUAUCAUAUCAAUAGAUAUUGGAACAACCACGAUUGUUGGCCAUCAUUUUGACAGCUCAGGAAUUUCUCUUUACCACACUUCACGAAAGGUAAGUUCCAACGAUCGAAGUCCGCCAAAAUCUUUUCUUGUCGAACCUAUGCUGUGACACAAAUAUUUCUUUUAGUGAGUGCUAAUAGCAGUAAUGGCAUUAAUUUACACACCAUAGCUUCCGACGAUUCUUUUCAAAUUUAAGCUCAAGCUAUGGCUUAUUUUAUUUAGACCUUGUUUGAUUGUCUCAUAUCUUCGGUGAAUGUUCCAAUCUGAUUUAAUCUGGAUAAUCAGUAACCUAGAGCCCACAACCUGUCAACUCCCCUUCUCCUCCCCCUGUUAGUGAAGUCAUGUCUGUCCAAUUCCAGCCUGAAAUUUGAGCAACGCUAGAGAGAAAGGUCUCGACUUGGUGUGUCCUGCAUGGAUGCAAGAAAACAGUCCUCCUCUUCCCCUUCAGGUUCUUCAAGAUCCAUCGAUUGGCCGAAGAAAAAAUAGCUUGACGUAUUCCACUGAAAAGUAGAUCGGUAUUUUAAGCCAAGUAUAGUUUGUCUCUCCUGCAAAAGGGAUACUUAUGCAUACAAAAUUUGAAAAUAGGUAGAUUUAUCUUUAGGUAUACAUGUAUGUCAAAUGUAAAAUGAUGAUUAGGAAAUAUGAGCUGGAUCACAGCUUUCACUUUAACAAAGCGAUCACUUUACUACCACCAAUAGUGGAUAUCAGUUGGUUUCCCCUGAGUAAGCUUAAUUUUUCAAUUAAUAGUAAACUAAUGUUGACCAAGGACAAAAGCCUGUUUUACAAUUUGUAUGCUUAGUUCCAAAUCCUUUGGGUAGGAGUCAGAGGUUUGUUUUGACACAAACCUUGCCUCUUUUUGUGUCUCAGCCUCACUCCUAUUCAAAGGCUUGGUAACUAAGUCACAGUUCAAAGGUCAAACUUCACAUGAGACCUACAAGACUGAGAGAAUUCAUUUCAAGUUUGACAUUUGAAUCAUUGAAUCAGUUGAGUUUGUCCAACUGAGUGUGGAUCCACCAACACAUUCUGUCCUUUGAAUAGAACGUUUAAAGAUUGUCUGUGGGGCAGAUGUCAAUUUCUCUUCAUGAAUCAAACUUAAGGAAUAAAUUACAAAUUACAUUUUCAAAAUCAGUCAUUUUUGUUGCUCUGAGUGGAAUACAACAAACUCUUUUUGAUGUUUGACCUAGUGGUUGGAAUUCACCUGUUUAGGUUGACCAAACUUGCAUUUUAGUGUGUCUCACAUGAAGUUUGAUGUUUGAACUGGGUUUAAAUAGGCAUUAAAUGGGAACUUGGAUUAGAAAUAAGAUCUAGGACUCAGAGGGCUAAGGAAAAGUUUCUCAAUUAUUCUGAAAUAUUAAACUUCAUGUGUAAGUAGGGCCUUAACCCUUUAACUCCCAGAUCACAUUUGUAAUUCUCCUUACUGUCAACCAUACAAUUCUUAUGUUAGUUCAGAGAAUUUAGAAUUGGAUCAACCAAUUAUCCCCAAAUUGAUAUUUUUAUUCAUUCUCAUCACCUAUCUGGUUGCUAUUGUUUUGAUAUUGUAAGGAAAAAUUCUGUCUCCAUCACUCAUGGGAGUUAAAGGGUUAAAGUUAGUGCUAAUUGAUCCAAUACCAAAAUUCUCCAAACUGACACCACAAGAACUGUAUGACAGACAGUAAGGAGAAUUACUAAUGAGAUCUUGGGAGUUAAAGGGCUAAUGGGAUGCUAGUCCAUUACAGAUUAACUUCCUGUUCCUUCCCCUCUCCCCUCCACCCUUGUUUCUCUGUCACAUGUCAUUACUACCCAUCUAUACUGUGGAUGGAUCCACUAUGAGUUGUUUUUUCAGUUUCAAUACCAAGAACAAGGCAAGAUGACAGGGGCUAGGUUUCCAAUCUGAACCUCUUUCUCGAGAGCCCAGCCUGGUAACCAUCAGCUCUCAUAUCUUCAACAAACUUCACUCAGUAGUUUUCCUUUUUUUCCCUUUAGGUUGAGCUUCUUUAUCCCCAGCCAGGAGGGGUUGAGUUAGACCCAGAUGUGUUAUGGGAACAGUUUGUUGAUGUUAUUACCGAGGUUAUGGAAGGUAAUUUAAAUAUUUUUCCUCUAUGUUUGUGGUAAUUAUACCAGUCCUGAAUAUUUAAUCUAGUGCAUUAAUUGAAUCAUUCUUCUUUAAUUAUAAUUUUGAGUUCAAUGUCAGUAUCUGAGCAACUGCACACCUACCCCUCCCCUAACCCAACAACAUUCAACUUAUAACAAGUAAGGUCAGGGGAGGGGUAGGUGAGCAGUUGUUCAGAUACUGACAUUGAACUAAAUUUGGUCCUUGCUAAAGCAGAGAUGACCAUGUUAGAGAGAGAAACAUGAAAAGUUUGGCACUUGGAUGCUGCAACCUAAGCACCAAACUUUCACCUUGACUUGAAAGGCUCCCCUUGUAUAACUUACAAUGAGAAAAGGAAGACAAGGAGAUGUAUAUUUAACAAACUUGAACAACUGUUGUUAUAAAGGUCUGAGGUUCGAUUCCUCGUGGGGACUCAGAAUUUUUUCUUUAUCCCACGGUCAUGACAAGGUGAAAAACAUCCUUCUCUAUUUCUUUACAGAGCUCAAAACUUAUAUUUAUCUUAUUCUAUUUACAAACAUGAUGCUAUCAACAUUGCUGAUCCUAACAGUUAAUGCAGGACAUGUGUCAUAUGAACUUUGUAAUAGACCUCACUCACCAGUCUCUGUGGCUCAGUGGUAGAGCUCUGGAGCAAGGAAUUCAAAGGUCUGAGGUUUGAUUCCUCAUGGGGAAUCAGAAUGUUUUCUUUGUCUCAUGUUUCUGACAAGAUGAAAAACAUCUUUCUCUAUUCUUUACUGAGCUCAGAACUUACCAUCUCUCUUUUUCUAUCUACAAACUGUUUUUAUCAUUUACCUUAGUCUGAUAUGUAUUCGAAGCCAUCAGACACUUUUAAAGUGCUUUAACAACUUGCAAAGGCUCAACCUUUUUAUACACCUGAAAGAGAACCAGCUUUCUAGUCUAUUGAACGAUAUACUGAGUCAUAUAACAGAGCUCUCGAGUUGAUCAGCUACCAAAGAGUGACACAGAUUUUUAACAGUAUAGCUGUCAAAUGUGAUGCUGCAGGCAUAACUCUCCAGGAGGAGCAGGGUAAUAAGGGCAUACACCCCACUGGAACACUGUGAAAAAAAUUAAAUAGCCAAGAUGUGUAUUCAGUGUGAAAGUGGCUCUGCACAACAAUUUCCACUGUUGGAAAGAGUUAGAAGCAAGUGCAAAGGGAAAAAGGAGCAAAUUGUAGCUAGAAAGAUAAUUGAUUUUACAGGUACAUUACUAAUGCAGCAGUUUGCUAUAUCGCCAAAUCAAAAGGUAAAUCAGAAACCUCAAAUACAUCAGAAAUAGUAGUUUCAGUGUGAGAGGGUAAGACUGAAUUCCUUUGCAUGAGUCUUAGGCUCAAUGCCUGAUACCUGAGAGCUCUGUUAAUCUAACUUCAGGCUCCAAAAUUGCACAAGUCAUUUGCUCUUUAGUUUAUUCACAGGUGAAUCAGUUUCAGUCAGAUUGCAAAACAAUAUACUUAUCUGUUUUCCUUUUUUUCUGAAGCAUCAAAUCUUCAAGCAGAAGAUGUGACAGCCUUAGGAAUCUCCACCAUGAGAGGAACAUUUAUAACUUGGGACAGGUAAUCGCAUCUUAUGAUCUAUGAUAAUGGAUAAUAAUGUUAAUAUUUCUUGAUUAAAACAAUAAUACUUUUUUAAUUAGCAUAAGAAAUAUUAUGUGCUGGCUUGAACCAGGUUAACAUGAAUUCCUGCUAACUCAAACAAGAUCCAAAUUUUCACUUGGGAGGAAUGUAGGCCCCCCCCCCCCCCCCCCUUCAAAACAUUAAAGUGAAUGUCUCAUUUGCCUUGUUCAUAGAAAGACUGGUAAACCAUACCACAACUUUAUCAGCUGGCAGGAUAUGAGGGCUGGACAUUGUGUCGAGAGUUGGAAUAAAUCUCUUACCCUUAAGGUCUGUAAUGUGAGCUUGCAAUUUUUUGUUAAAAGCAUUUAAAUUUAGGUUUAGAAUCUCUCUUCAGUGAUCAAUUCACAUUAUCAACUCAGUAGAUAAAAGCAAAACAUCUUGUGAUACCCUUCACCAAUGCAGCACCACAGUUUCUUUAAAAACUUGCUCCCUAUAUUAGCUAAACAGCUUUUGCUUCUUUUUGACUUUUGAAUUUUAACCUCUGGUAAGUAAUAGUACCAAAAAAUCCUGAUAAAGCGCAUUUCAAUUGAGUUUCUUAUAACAAAAACCAAUCACAACAGCCAAUCAGACCAACAGAAAAUUUCUGAAAGAGCCAAUGGCAACCCAAACAAGGAAACUGUCUGAAGUGCAGGAAGACACGGAUGACCAAUUCGUGAGCAAUAUAGUUCUGCAUCUGAUUGGUUGAGAAUGUAGCGAGUUUACGUUGGACCAAUCACAGAGCAAUUGCAAAAUUCUCUAUUGCCAAGUACAUCAGUUCCCUCGACACAAUCACAGUCAUUCAAUUUCAACCCGCUGAAGAACCAAGAACAAAAAUAUCAAAGGCUUAUAUGCCAUGUACAUCAAAGCUUAAACACGUUUUAAAGCUGUUGUUUCAAACAUGGUUUGAAAUUGUUUUCUUCGGCGUACAAGCUGCCUAAGCAGAUAUUUGACGACUUCAAAUUCAGCGAAUUGAAGUACAAGUUCUUUGCUUGUGAUUUCCAGCCAGUCAAACUCGGUGUAAGUGAACAUGUUUUGUUUGUGUGAAUGGGACAUUAGACUAACCUACGCCGAAAUUGCACUGCUGUGAAUGACGAGGACAAAAUGCAUAGGGAGCGAGUAGUUUAACAAACAAGCCCUCCUUUGGUUAUGUUGUCUCUGUUUAACACUAAUAUUUUAAAACUUCUCUUUAAAGAGUUUGAAUGCAGGGUCUAAAUUUCUUCACAUGAUCUCAAGACAAAAGAAAUAUUUGGCUGGAAGCGUCAUCAGCUUUUCAACUCAACAUGUAAGUGAAAUCAAUUUGUGCGUUUAAUGUUUUGCGUUUCACGUAUAUUAUUUUUUUUAGACUCUUAAACAGCUCUAUGAAAAGUAAAAUUCCACACUUGAAACCAACCUUCUCUGGUCAAAACUUUCUCAUUGUUCCACGAGUGAUAUGUUCAGGAUUGGAAAAUAUUUUGUAAUGUUUAGAGCUCAACCAAAUCGCAUCACGAAGCACAUGCUGUCAACUACGCAUGUACUUCCAGUCUCAAAAUACAACCACAUAGAAGGAGUUUGGAUCCUAAUUAAUACAUUCAUAUUUGACGACAGCAGGGAUGGAAAAGCAGACAUGUCAAAUGAUCCUUCACUCAUAUUUUCUUCUCAUUUUCAACAUAUAACCUAAUGCUUUAAAAGUUCUACACUGGUGAAUUAUGUUGCAAUUGGUUCCCCACUAAGUCGUUUUUGUUUUGUUUCCAGACAUCAAUUAGGCUUCGCUGGUUGUUCAAGACCCAUCCAGAUGUAAGUGUCUUUAUAGGAUGCAGCUGCCUUGCACAAUCAGCUAAUCAGACUCUGCAUUGAAUUCUCGGAAAUGUGUGCUAGGUCGACGCAAAUGAGAUUGCACUUCAUUAUAAGAAUACUUAAUCAGAGUACACGGAGUACAGUAUUUACCACCUGUAUGCUUUAUUAGAUACAUUUUGUGCUGACAUAAAACUUUUAAGGAAAAAACCUAAUGCGAAUUAGAAGAAUAUAUUGUAACAGCUAGUGGUUUUUCAAAUCAUGACAGCUAAUUUAUUUUUUCGCGUGCAAAUCACUGUAGCUUGCUAAAAAGGCAGAUCUUGGUAACUUAGCAUUUGGAACAAUUGACUCCUGGCUUAUCUGGAAACUAACAAAAGGUAUUACGUACAUUAUGAUAUAUACCUCUUACUAACCGAGUUUUGAGAUCCGUACUGUAAGUUACGGACCUCGUUUUUCCGCUUAGAUUUAUGACCAAAGCGCUUCGCACAUGGACCAAAAAUCCGAGCGGAAAAAUCGAGGUUCCGUAACUUACAGUACAGACUGAGAAAACGGGGUUGGUAAGAUAAUUAUUAGAUCUCUGGGUUCAAAUAAAGGAAGAAGAUUUCAAUGCUAAUGAACUUUUGAAGUUAGCGGGCUGCACACCGAAAUAUGGCCCAUUAAAUUGAUGAAUCUUGGCGCACGCACUGACUGAGAGAAAUAUUGAAUUCAACUAUGUACUUGGUCCAUACGCAAUCCAGCAUAAGAAAGGGCUUAAAUCCAAACUGAUUUGCAGUUCGGUACCCUGGAAUCUAAUUUUUAUAUAGAAACUUAAGUAUGCAUUGGCACUGGUUUAAAAAGUAACUUGUUUUUAUAAAAUAUUGUAUUUUACCACAAAAAUUAACCAAGCUGAAGAAAACUGUUUCUUUUAAUUGUUCAUGUGUUUAUCAUCAGGUCAGCUUCAUGUGACAGAUUACUCCAAUGCAAGCGGUACAGGAAUGUUUGAUCCUUUUAUUGUAAGUAAACUUGCGGGAUUCUAAGUGAAAUCAUUAACGCUUGAAAAUUUCGAAUCAAUGUCAGUAUCUGUACAACUACGCACCUACCCCUCCCCUAACCCAACAUUAACCUGACCUUGUUAUCAGUUAACUGUUGUUGUUAGGGGAGGGGUUCCUACGCAAUUGCUCAGAUACUCACACUGAUACAAAAUUUCCAUGUAAAGAGCUUUUUUUGACUGAUCGCGAUAACUUUAGUUUUAGUUUCACUACACUUAAUUGAAAAGUAGUCUAUUUUUUUUGUCACCAACAUUUAUUGCCUCUUUAAAUGUUUUCAAUGCAGAUGGAAUGGAGCUCAAUAAUGACAAGUCUUUUGAGUGUACCACUAUCAAUCUUUCCAAAAGUAGUUGAUACCAGGUAAGUUCAACUUCAAAGUUAAAUUUCUCAAAUAUGCUCUUCAGGUUCAUUGUAAAGUUAAUCCUGUUACUCGGAAGUGGAAAAUGGUUGGAGAAAAGUCUUAACAAUUAUCAUAAUUUUGGUUAUUGACGUGAAACUAAUCGUCUUCCGCUGGUUCAUACCUUCGAGGGUUGGUGUUUGUUAGUUUAAUGAAUGUAGUAUAGGCGAUGAGUGCUAAACCUGUAAAAAUCAGAGACAGCACUAAGCCAAGAUGUGAUCUGCAGUGGAAAGUGAACUGCUCAUCUCAGGCACGAAACUGUUAGGCUAAAAUAACGCAAAGAUGUUUUGGAGUUCCUCGAUCCAGAACGAGAAACGUUGCAAUUCAAGCCCCAAAAGACGAACCUGAUAUUGUAUGAACAUGAGGGGCGAACCGAUCAAGCUACGACAUACAAAAAGAAAAUGUACUUUAUUUAUAGUUAUAAGACCACGGUAUUACGUACAGAGGAAAAACGAUAACGUAUUUUACUACUCUGGUCAUACCUUGCCAGGUUAAAUUUAGGAACAAAAACAACAACAACAACAACAAAAACAACUGGAAAUGUCGUAAUGAUAAUCUAUAAAAAAACUUUUUUAAAAAUUAAAAAAUAGUAUCUUAUUGUCGUUCCACAGCAAAAAUCUUAAAUGUUCUAUCUUCUCUGAAAUCCUUUCAGACAACAAUAUUCAGCAGUUUCUGCUAAUUUCGAAGAAAAGCUGGCGCCAUAAAAAUGUUGCGAAAAAAAUGUAGAAUAAAAUAAUUUGGUUUUCUGACUUCAUAAUGUAAAUUGGUCACUGAAGAGAUUUUCUAAGGCGUUAGGGCUGACGAAAGGUUAACACUCUAAACUUUAGCUGUAGAGACUCUUUACGGAGGCCAAGUUACUUGAUCAACUCAGUUGAUAAAAUUUAAUUAUCUUGUUCUACUCCCUCACCGAUACAGCACCACAGUUUCUCUAGAAACUUACCCCCUUUUCGUGAAUACAGAACAGUUUUGCCCCUGACUAGAACUAAAGACCUCAAUUGGUUGCUUAAAUAAUCAUCCAAAACUUGCUAACGUCACACCUCACAUCAUUUCGGCAACUUCUCUAUUGCGUUCUUGACCGGCCUUUGAAUCUUUGAUUUGAUUCUUUUACCUACAUUUUUUGACUACUUUUUUCCACUGUAGCGGUCUCAUUUGUGAGAGUCAUGAAGCUAUCUUUGGUGCUCCAAUACCUGUACGGGCCUUGGUAGGUAACUUUUGUGUUUUAGAAACUGUUUCUGACAAUAGAUACUAUAUGUAGGUAAAUACUACUAGCAAUGAGAAUAUUCUAACGAAAACAACGAUUAUACUGGCGAGAAAUAGAUCGCUACCGGCUUUACGUAAUUUUUACACAACCUCACGCAAAAAUGCGAAUUUAAUUGAAAAGAAAAAGGACAUCACAGCAGUAAUUCAAUUGAAAGAAAACAAUAUAAAAUCAUUUCGCAGUUACUUAACAAUAAAUAGACAUGCAAUUCUAUGCUACACUAUAUGUGUUCAGUGUAUUAUAUCGUUUACAAGAUCUUAAGUCGACCUUACAAUGAGGGCAUUUUUCUCCCUUUUUCUGGCUGUUGAUAUGUGAAAGUAUACAUUGUUACAAAAUGUGGUGCACCAGGUUACAACUGAGCGGAUUGGACCGAGUGAAUCGGAGCCAGAUAGCUCAGAAGUAUUUUGUUUUUUUAUGGUCAAAAUGGAAUACAGUAAGCUGAAUUGACGGUCAAUACCGCGAAGUAUUACUGGUUUCAGACAUCCUCGCUAAGCAAGCUUACUAUUGUAUCGAAUGGUUUCUCUGGUAGAAGCGCUGGACAGAAAAAUUAUAAACACUUCUUGAAACGUCAUGUUAAACGAAAUAUUGACCAACCAAGGCUGAACCCAUCUUUAGGCGCGUCACUAAAAGAGCUAUGUGAGAAAGUAAAUCUCGCUGAAAGAUAAGGUUAAGCGUUUUUAGACUGACUUCCCCUAACAUUGCUAUUGUUCACAGGGUAUAUCGUGUGUUUUGUUAUUGUUUUUUAUUCUUCUGUUCAAACUUUCGUUUGGUUUUUUACCUUUUGCUAAUGUACACACUUCAAGGUUGCAGACCAACAGGCCGCGGUGUUUGGACAGUGUUGUUUUGACGCAGGAGAUGUAAAUUGUACAAUGGGAACGGGAUCGUUUAUAGAUAUAAAUACAGGCCCGUAUCCGCAUGCGUCUGUGGCAGGUAAAAUAGAUCUGUAAUAGAUCUAUUUGAGAAAGAAAGACUGAUGAAGCGAAUAUCAAUUAUUAAAAACCCCUGAGAGUGACUAGCAUCUAAUUUCUCCUUACAAUAUGACCCCCAAAAUCACACAUAAAGGUCACGUAAAAAAGGAAAUGAUAACCAACGAUAGAAGCUCUAAAUUGUUAAUCAAAUUCUCCUCGUCAGCACCUUAGGAAAUGUAUUGAGAACAGUAUGGAGAAUUUGUUUAUUGAUGUUAGGGUGUAAAGGGUUAAAGGGUGUGAAAACCAUAACUUCGACCAUCGUGUUAGUUAGAACGACGGUUAACAUCACGAAUAACCAGUUAGAACUCAAAGCAAAUACCUAAGAUGAAAAAAGGGGACAACCGAUUGUCUUUUGGACUUGGUUUUGUACAUGACAAGUUGAAGUGGUGGUGCAAGUUUUCUAGACAAAUCGCACACCCAUACGGUUUCAGAGCACUAACCAAGGAACCUAGUCUUGCGAGAAAACUGUAAAUACUGUAAUGUGAUGGUAUAGUCAAGAUUUUUAUAGGGUUCUAAGAAUUGGUUCAACAGGAAUGAAAUGGAAAGGAACAGCUUUUAGAUGGAACUGGUGGAAAAGGGCGGCAAAGUCGUACCGAAUGCUUUUCAGAGCUCAGUUUUCAGAGUCCAUGUCACAUUAUAUCUCACCAAACUUUGGCAAUUUCGUGGCUUAAAAGUGAGAUGCAUCUUUUUGUACUUGUGAUGAUUUUAUAAUUUACCCUCAAUAGGACUUUAUCCAAUUGUCGGAUGGAAGAUAGGAGGGGAGACUGUUUAUCUAGCAGAGGGUAAUGCUGCAGGCUGUGGAACAGCCAUGGAAUGGGCUCACAACAUGGGUGGGUAAUUUUUUUGCGAGUUUUGUAAAGCAAAUUAGCGUAGUUGAUCAGUAUUCGGGUGAUCCUUUGGUUUGUUAGUUGGUCUGUUGGUUUGACCCUUUGUAUUUGACAGUCAGGCAAUAAGUCAGUCAUUUAGUCAGUCAGUGAGCCAGGUAGUCAACCAGUACGUCAGUCAGCCAGUUAUCAGUGGGUCCGUCAGUCUGACAGGCAGUCAAACAGUCAGCCAGUUAGUCAGUCUGUCUGUCAGUCAGACAGUCAUUCAGUCAGUCAGUCAGAGGACCGGUCAGACAGUCCAUCAGUCAGCCAGUUAGUCAGUCAGUCCGUCUGUCAGAGUGUCAGACAUCAGUCAGCCAAGAAGUCAGUCAUCCGUCAGUCAGACACUUAGUUAGUCAGCCGGUCAGACUUGUUCAUCAAUAUUUCUGCCCGCACGUCCGUCCAUACGUUCCUACAACAUCAGUUGGGUAGCCAAUCAGUCAGUUAGUCAACCGUUUAGUCAGUAAGUCAGCAGUCACCUGGUUAAUAGGCAAUUUAUUUAUAGACAAUCAGUCAGUUAAUAAGAUAUUUUUUCAGUCGACCAUCCAGUCCGUCACGGGACCGAACGCUCAGUAGCGAGCCAAGUGCCCAGUCUUAUUCAUAUCCGAAUUCCAGAUUAUUUUCGUUUCCAUCUCACCUCGGUUCGCUCCGCUUUCAUCACGAAUCACAUGCAAAGUACUUUCUCAUCAGCUCAGUAUCAUUUCUUGAAGUAAAUAUUUCUUUCUCGGCAGGCUUUUACGACGAUGUCUCGCAGACGAGCGACAUGGCUUUUUCUGUAGAAAGUAAGCUCAAAAAUAACGACUAACCUUUAUGGUUCGUUUCUUUCUUUCUGCUUAGAGUUCUUCAUAAACUUAAGGAAAUUAUGAAUGAAAAGCUUUGGUUGCUGCAUUCAGCGUCUCUGUGUUGAAUCGGUACAAUGUACAUUUUUAACCGUAAUAUUAAAGAGAACGUAGAUUGUUAAAACAAAAUUUAUUAAAGACGAACCAGGUGUUUAUUUACAAAGCACACGAAGUUACGACGUUUUGAAACCUUUCUCUGUCAAUCUCUGCCAAGCACAUUUCCAUGGAAUGUGAUACCAGAUCCUACCGCUUUUCAUACAGUGAUCGUUUAUCUCUAAUUUCUCUUUACGAUCUUGUUCGAAGCGCUGCGGAAGAGUAUAACUUGGGAAGGUCAAGAAACAAAUCCAGUUCAGUGGCAGAGUGGACUGGCUUUCGCUUCACUUGGGACCUUCAGAUUCUAAACCUUCUUUCCAUGACCACUCGACUACCUCGCCUGCAUAAAAUUUCCCACGUCGCCGCAAACCAUCCCAAAUAAUUCAAUUUUACUCUGUUUUUCUCUUAUAGCUUCAGGUGGAGUUUACUUUGUUCCCGCUUUCAAUGGAUUACAAGUAAGUAGUGAUGUAGUGUUCGCUUUUUAGGUUGUGUGGGUUGCGUGGGUGAUUGAUAAGGUUGUGUGUGUGCUGUACGGGUCCUGUCAAAUAAAAUGUGUUUACUCUUUUUGUUUACUCUCUGUUUGAAAAUGUAACAUCGACCUUUACAUCACAGUUUGCUCUGGUUGGGACAUAACUUUGGGUUCUGCGACCAAAAAAAACAUUGGAUGCCGACCUUAAUUCGUCACAAUAUCCCGCUGUUCUGUAAGAUAUAUGCAUAUAUAUGUAGUCAGUGACCUCCCUUUUGACCUCUAGCUCGAGAAACAUUGCGUCUUUACAUUUUUUAAAUUUUUAUUUUAUUUUAUUUUAUUUUUUUUAAUUUUGUUUCCUUAACUUAUAUUUUUCUUUUUGCUUUCCACUGAGUUAUUCCUUUUGUCUCCCUAGGCUCCAAUCAAUGACAACAAAGCUUGUGUUUCACUGAUGGGAAUAAAAUCCACCACUAACAAAACUCACAUCAUGAGAGCUAUUUUGGAAUCUAUAGCCUUCAGGUAAAUGUUAGUUUGCAAAGCUGGUUGUUAUGUACGUUCAAUAAAUAUGGAGGCGACGAGGAUUCUUGCUUUUCUUCUUCCACAUUUGCACAAUCAGCUGGCUUCGCAGUUAGGGUGGAUAAAAGCGUUGAAUAAAUUGAGUUGUCAGGCAAGAAGUGUUACUCGACUUAACAAGGCACGGAAGUAGUGAAACACAAAGACAGGAACUUCAGCUUAUUAUCUGUGCCCGGCCAUUCCAAACUUAGCGGAAGGAUUUUAGACAACUAAUCUCCUAUUUCUGUUGAAAGGUGAAAAUGUUGUAGCGACGAUCAACAAAAACCAACAAGAUAAUGGAUAAAAAACAUCGCACUGGUAACGAAAAAGGGAAGGGUGGUAGGCUGGUACAAAGUUGAUACAUAGGCUCGCAAUGCUAUAUGGUUGAGUAAGAUUCUUAGGUAAUUUUUAAGCAGCAUAUGGCAGUUUGCGGCCUUUCCCUACAUCUAGGCAGUUCGGAAAGCCGCCAAACUCUAGAACAAAAAUUAAUCUUUCAAAUCGGCACUUACAAUCCCCACGGUAUAAACGAGCGCUUUCAUUCAACUAUUUAUUUUUGUUUUUUCGUCACCAUAUUCGCACCAAUAACGUAGCUCCAUUUUCUGCAUAUAGACACGCACACAACCCACAAUUCCUCCAUUCGCUCUGACGAAGGGCUAAAACUCGAAACUACAGCUUUGAAACUCUUUACAGUGGCCAAUUUACGUUAUCAACUGAGUUGAUAAUACCAAAUUACCUUGUUAUACUCUCCCACCGACGCAGCACCACCUUUUUUUUUAGAAGCUUACCCCCUUUAAGAUUCUCAGGCGUCUUCGAUGGACAGCCCUUAGAAGCAAGGGAAAGUGCCCAUAGUUUGCGAGGGUAAUCCCUGAAGUUGAACAGUAUCAAAUUGACGCACACGAGCAGGCUUUGGUAAUUCUCAAAAAAACUAUCACAACUCUCAGGUAGAACUUGUAAUAAAGAGGAACAACCAUCAAUAUUAAGAGUUGAGCCAAAAGGUUGGAAUUACAAUAUUCCAAUUUAGAGGCUCUUCAUACUGGAAAAUUUAAUAAUCAAGUUGUUUAAACGAUUCACUCAGGUUUACUCAGCUGUAUGAAACUGUGGUGGAAGAGACGCACAUUCCACUAAUGUCUUCAGUCAAGUAAGUUGUAAAUUUAUUUUAAAUUUCUAUUUUAAAUCGAAAGUCGCCAAAAAUCACAAGUAUGAUUUCAGACCAAAAUUGCACGACACAAGGUUCAAUUACAUCCGUUUUGAAAUUGCCCAAAUACAGGACUUGGUCAGUUAAAAUAUUUUAUUGAUGCAGUACUGAGCCGGUUUGAAAUUAAAUUCAUUCAAUUUUUGGGGGGAAAAAAUAAGAGUUUGGGAAACAAAAGUUGCAAAAUUUGCCACAUGGUACUCUUUGUCUUUCAUUUUCCUGCAAUUGAUUGGUUACUUUCAAAAAGCCAUUGAAAUCUGAUCGGUUGUUUUGUUUUUAGUGUAGCCUCCUCGUUGGCUAGGAAAAAGAUGCGAUUUAAAGCAAAAAAUGGUGCGAUUCGUGAAUAAAUCGCACCAAUUACAGCCAAUCAGAUUACAAGGACCACCAGUGAUUUCAAAAUGGGUGUAAUAAAUCUGAGAAUUACUAUUCAUUACCAUAAAGUUGAAUGGUCACAAAUAAGUUUUUCAUUCAGAGUCGUGAGAAAUUAUUUUGUUUUGAACUGUCAUAGUAAUGCGUUUUCAGGUCUUUUGAAUGAGAUUUUUGUUUGUGCGCGCGAAAGCGACCUUUUAAGUCAUACGCCAAAUGUAGGUUUAGGAGAAACUGAAAGAUAUCCGGGAGAUUAUCAAGGUCUAAUAAGAGCGCGGAAAACUUCAAAAAUUUGCUAGGGUUGAUACCCAUCGCAAUAAGUAAUAUCAGAAACGCGAUUUCCGGUAGUUUGAGAAUCACACACCUUAGUUACAGCCUUGUAAUUGUCGAACACUCAAAGUUGAGGAAAUGGCCAUUUAAGAGUGAGUUUUUUUGUAAAACGUAGGAUGGAGCUCUUUUCGACUGAGUCUCGCAAAAGAAAAACCAAAUGAGCUGAAGCGUAAAAUAAGAAAGAGAUAAACAUAAUAAUGAAAUCCAUCGGAACUCAAAGCAAGCACAUAAAACUGGCUUCAGGCGCGGGAAAACGAGUGACCAAGUAACAUCUGAUUGGUCGAGGUUGUUUCGAGUUUUCUAGACCAAUCACAGAGCACGUUUAUGUGGCUGGGACCAUUACUUCGAGGCUGCACAAGGAAUGCGUCUGUUAGUGGAGGUUCCACCUCUGAACAGAAACACCUGGAAAUUGCAUUAGCAUGAUACAGCUUUAAGAUAAAAAAAAAAGGGAAAAAGGAAUUCGUGAUGUAGACAAAGUUUGUACCUUCUGAGUUAUAUGGGUAAUGCGUCUUUUUCUCUUUCUUUUUUUCAUCUUUACAGAGUUGACGGCGGAAUUUCUAACAAUGACUUUGUACUGGAAUUAAUGAGCAGUUUAACGUGCCAGACGAUAGACCGACCCUCUCAGACUGACAUGUCCGCUUUAGGGGCAGCCUUCUUGGCUGGUCUCGCAGCUGGUAAGUUUUGUUAUGUGAAGAGCUAUGAUGUCACCCGCAUUGCUGGCUCAAGUAAAAAUUUUUGUGCGAGGCUCGCUUACUGAUGAUUGAUUUAUUGAGCCAUAGAUUUGUUCAUUUGCAAUUGUAUAUUCAGAGUUUCUUCGCUUUUCACCAGAAAGUCUUGUGUGUAGAACUCGUGAAUUUAUACAAUAGCAAGUUUACCAAUUUACCUCAAUCAAAAAACUACUUUAGUUUGAGGUUAAAGUAAUUUUCUGUUAUUGCCGUAAGUAGACAAGGAUUUCGUUACAUUUACUUUUCUGUGAUUGGCUCAGAAAACUCGUGCAAUUUUCUCAACAUUCAGAAACAAACCGCAACCAAUCGCGACUUGUUCACGAGCUUUUUCCCGCACUCCAAUCAGUUCCCAUGUUUUUCUUCUGAAUUUUCAUUGGCUCGUUCGGUGUCGCACUUCCCUCUAUUAUGACUGGCCUCUUUCACAACUAAAGUUUUGCGGUUAUGACAAUCAAUCAGCACUCUAUUUAUCUGCUAUAUUUCAUUUGUAUACCAGGAGUUUGGAAAUCACGUGACGAGUUGAAAGCAAUCCGUUGUUCCCAGGCCCUCUUUCAACCGAAAGCUUCCAUCCGAGAUAAAUUCCUGAAGAAUUUUGACGAAUGGAAAGAGGCGCUGCACAGGAGUAAGAAUUGGUACAAAUGGGAGUGAUUUUCUCUUGGUACAACAGAGAAUUUCGUUUUGUUUUAUUUCAUCGUAAAUAGCUUAUAGUAUUAAAACUGUUACUAUUUGCGGCUGAGUUACGCGGGUAGCUAUAGUGAAGCAUAUUGGGCUAUAUAAACUAUUUGACCCUUGAACUCUCAAAAGUGAUUAACAUGUUACUUCUCCCCAUAAUAUUCAUACAUUAUUCAGCAAACAGGUAGUGAGAAUACUCAAACUUAUAAAGUAGAAGUUGUUAUCUUGAUCUAGCACCAAAUUCUCGUGACAAGUUUUUCAAGGAAAUGUUUGGCAGCUAGAGGGGAGAAUUAACAAUCAGGGCCGGGUUGUUCAAAGCUGGGUUAAGAUAACCCAGGGUUAGUGUAAAAUUUUAUUUAAGAUCUGAAAGCUUGAAAAAAAAAUUCAGCUUAAAUCUUUUUGUCCUCAAUUUGUUGAUUGAAUGCUCUAAAAAUAAAUGAAGAAAAUUGUCCUCAAACAGCUUUUGAACAGAGAAGUAUAGAAACCUAGAUUAAAAUUUAACAGUGGGUUAGCGCUAAUCGGCCUUCGAAGAACUGGGCCCAGAUCUUGGGAAGGUUGAGCCAGGUUUUUUUUUAAUUAUUACACUGAUGGCGGUGAGGGAUAUGAAAAAGAAGCGAUUAUUAAAUUAUCGUGGACAUUUUCCAUGCCCAACUGCUCAUAUUUUAUACUCAAUAUUUCGAACUUUUUCAAACUCACGUAAGGUUGAUUUACUUCAUUAAAUUAAGAACACGUCAUGCAAUACAAUUCUGUCACGUCAUUGUGUCACUCCACAGACAAACCUUGUCACAACUGUUAAAACAUUUCUCCCUUACCUCAGUGAAUGGUAAAAUUGGACCGCCUAAAAGAAAAGAAAAAAAGUGGCAGGGGGAGGGGUGUUUCAACAGAACUUAACGAGGGUAUGUUUGAGUGAUUUAAUUUUCUGAAUUUUCUUGAACUCUUUCCUUUUUUACCAGAGACUGGUUUUGUUUUGUUGUAUUGAUUUUUCGGAAAAUUAUGUAAUGAGUGUCAUAUCUAUUAUAAAAGAUGCGUAGGUAGCUUUACUAAUAGAUAUAAAGUUUUGGACAACAGUGUGUUUUUUUGUUUAGCGGUCCUCAACGUUCUCGCUUGUUUUUCUGCAUUGUGCAGUGAAUUGCACACUUCAUCCUGGAGAAUUAUACAUUCAAUGAAUUGUGCCAUUUUAUUUAGUUUCUCUUCAUAAGUUAUAUCAUUAUUUAAUGUAUAUAUUUGUAAUCAGAUCAGAGCAUUAAAUGACACGAUUGACUAACUAGGAGGGUUUUGCCAUGUUCCUCUAAACGAGGUGUCAUUUCCUCAUCACACUCAGUGAUAAAAAAAUCGCAUACGAGCAGGCCCUCAUUAAUUAGUGCUUCAGCACGAGCGUCUCUUAGCCCGUGGAAAGUAAGGAAACUUUAAAAUAAACGAGAGCCGGCGAGAGGUAUGCAACGAGUCUGGCACUGAAAAUAAACGAGAGCCGGCGAUAGGUAUGCAAGGGUUCUGGUACUGAAAAUAAACGAAAGCCGGCGAGAGGUCUGAAAAAAAACGAGAGCCGAUGAGAG